CAUGUUUGCUGGGGCAACGUUCCCAUCAAAGACAAUGCAUGUACCGUGAAAUACGUAACAUGCUCAUUUCUCUGCCAAUUUUCAUGAGGUUUACUUUACUUUACUUUUGCCAACACCAACAAGUGCAAUAACAAUAGAGGACGUUUGAACUUUUUUUUUUUUUUGCCUGUUAAAGGUUAUUCCCAGUUCUAUUGUUGUGACUUUACAGCGUUGUGUGCGUGUUGCAUGCGCAACAAUUGUGCCGGCUUCUCUAUGUUCGUAUAUUUGGCAUCGCAAACGGGGUAGAACUUCAUAUCCCACAAUUCACACUCCCGUAUUCGUGCAAAUAUCUAUGGUUGACAAGCAGGAAGUCAAAAAGAAGAUUCCUCUGCUAGCAUGUUUACUACGGCGGCAACUGUUCGAAGAGAGCUGUGUUUACCAUAGCUACAGACAGUUCUGGAAAUGAAAGGUGUGUGUACGUGCUCUCCGUAAUAGUGAUGGAUGGAGUAAGCCGAAGACCUUCUGUACCAUGGGAGAAUGGUACCCUGACACCUGUCCACCGUUUUUCCUCCGAGAGGGCAGACAGUCCCACACCAGGUCUGGUCGAGGGAACUGAACCAGGUGCAGGUCAGAAAAGUGCCAUGUUUGUCCGCGCACAGUCCUUUGAGGAUCUGACUGCUGAGGCCGAAGAGGCUCGCAAGGAGGCUGAAGUGCUCAAAUCCCGAGAGUGUGCCGAGGAUAUCAGAGUGCUGGUGGAAGAGAAAAUAGUAGAGCAACGGAAUAUUCCAUCAGACUGCAGUACCAAAGAGGAGGAUGUGUCCAGCGAGGCAUGGAGGAGCCACAAAAAGCACAUGUUUGUGCUGAGUGAGGCAGGAAAGCCAAUUUACACCCGUUAUGGCACAGAGGAGGCUCUGUCCAGCACCAUGGGUGUGAUGAUGGCCCUCGUAUCUUUUGUUGAGGCUAAGAACAACAUCAUCCGCUCCAUCCAUGCAGAUGGAUGUAAAGUGGUUUUCCUCACCAAGAGUCCGUUGGUUCUCGUGGGUGUGUCCCGCACGUGUCAGUCAGACAAAGAGCUGCUGAGGGAGCUACAGUAUGUCUACUAUCAGAUUGUCAGCCUCCUCACCCUCACCCAGCUCAACCACAUCUUCCAGCACAAGCAGAACUAUGAUUUACGGCGCCUGCUGGCUGGUUCCGAGUACCUCACUGACAACCUUCUGUAUCGCCUGGACCACGACCCGGGCCUGCUGCUCAGCGCCGUCACCUGCCUUCCUCUGGCCAGCUCGUCCAGGGACGUCAUCUCGUCGAGCCUACAGGCGGCCAAAUCCAAAAAUCUUGUUUUCUCCAUUCUGCUGGCAGGAGACCGCCUGGUUACUCUGGUUAGGAAAAAGGACCAGUUCUUACACCACAUAGACUUGCACCUGGUUUUCAACCUCGUUGGCUCCUCUUCAUCUUUUCGAGAGGGUGAAGGCUGGACGCCCAUCUGUCUGCCAAAGUUCAACACUGAAGGAUUUUUCCAUGCUCACAUUUCCUACCUAGAACCUGCGUCGGAGCUGUGCCUUAUCCUGGUCUCGACUGACCGAGAGGACUUUUUUAACAUGUCUGACUGCAAGCAAAAGUUUCUAGAGAGGCUGAGUAAGCGCAGUGCCUAUCAAGCUCUGAAGGAGGCGCUGAGGUCUCGUAGCUAUUCUGUGACUCAAGUUGGCAUCCCUGAACUCAGGCACUUCCUGUACAAAUCAAAGAGCUCUGGGCUGUAUACCAGUCCAGAGUUUCCUUUGGUGUACCAGUCAGAAGAAGAGCAAGAGAGGCUAAUGGGUUUGUACCAAGACCUUCACAGUUAUGUGCACCAUCCAACCAGACCUUUACGCUCCUUCUACCGCUGUGGUGAAACUGAAAACAUGAUGGCAUGGGUGACUAGCGGCUUAGAGGUUUACCUGUGCUUCAGUCCCCUGGGCACAAAGGCGUUGGCUAUUUCUGCUGUCAACAAACUACUGAAGUGGAUCAGGAAGGAGGAGGAUCGCCUCUUUAUCCUGAGUCAUGUAACUUACUGACGCGUCUCUGCAUAACGCCUGAACAUGUUGACUCGGGAUUAUGCCCAAACUUUGUGUCAAAGCUAUGCACAUCUUUUUUUCUACUAAGAUAACGGUAAAAGCAGGUAUUGUAUGACAUUAAAAACAUUUUUUUUUUUUUUUUUGCCACGUGUCCUUUUUAUUACUUUUAGUAUGGUCGAGAACGGUUCCUGAUAAAAGCAGCGUCUGCACCCUAUGCUUACAUUAUGAAUGGUAACUUUAAGAUGCUGUUUAUUAAACUAUUGCUAUUCAUAAAACAGUUUUUAAAUUUAAUGGACCUCGGUGGUUAAACAUACGCAAUAACUGGAAUUAUUUUGCUACGAGGAUUGCUGUGACAUAAUGAGCUACUACAUUUUUUUUAUUUUUUAUACUGAACAUGAUGACCAUUAAUUGCAAUCACCACCAUGAUGAUUUACCUCUACUUUAUGCACAUGUAUGAAUGGCACUUCAAAGAGAAAAGUCAUGGAUUACAUUUGUGGGUUGUAUGAACUGUCCUGUUAAUGUAAAGUAAUCAGCAUUUUCUAUGUUUUAAUUGAAUUACCCAUGCACUUAGGUAUUUGAUCAAAUGUUUUAAUCAGUUUGCAUUUCAGUAAAUUUGUCUAUUCGUGAGGGGUUACUUUUUUUAAAAUGUUUUAACUGAUGGUAAGGUUCAAAGCCAAUAAGAUGAUACAGGAGAGUGUAUAAAAAUUAUACUGCAUAUGAAUGAAAGUAUUAAAAUAGGCUCUCUUUCUUUCAGUUUGUUUUAUUUUAAAAUAAAAUUUGAUAACACAAA